AUGCAAUUUCGAUUUUUGGGAUGGCAGGACUGCCCGGAUUGGCUUCUCGCUCAGAUAAGCGAAUUUUCUAGUCUGUCAUCUGUCAAGUUCAAAGGAUUAUGCCAGUUGUCUGUAGAUUUUCUUCUUAACAAGAAUGUCGCUGACGGUGAUUCGGCACGAUUCGUAUCUGAGCACAACGAUAUAUUCUGCAUUCGUAGGUUUUUGUAUUCCAUAUCCUUUAUGAUGAAAAACGCUGCUUCAUACAAAUGCGACACAGAUGACUUCGAGACUGAAUGCACACACUUAGGUUUACCUCCUGAGCACAGCAAGAUGUUGGGUCGUGUUUACGCAUCUAAUCUUGAUGUUUUGAAGCAAUUUGUGAAAAACAGCAUCCCAAAAGGUCAGCUCUCGACCAUUUAUUUUAUCACUCAUAAACUAACAUCACGUUUUGUAGAACCUCCACUGGAGUCAGUAAUCGUGUUGGAAGAAAAUACACCAUCUCCCAUGUUACGGUACACACGUAACGGAAAAAUAACCGAAUGCCAGCUAACGAGAGAUCAGCUAUGUUCCAUGCGCUCCGAUAUGGAUUUCGUCUGGGACAUGAUCAAAAGCAAGUUUAUGGAAUGA